AUGAACCUCUGUUUGAUACUAGUCUGCCUCCCUCUGAUCCACGCCCAGUACGGGAAUGGACCAAGUAGUUCCACAGAAACUACCAUGGAGACAAGCGCAAGUCCAACGCCAACCUCGUCUUCAGGUGCUGUUCACACUGUCGACGUGGGCGAGGAUGGCUUUACCUAUGACCCUGACACUGUCACUGCCGCCGCGGGAGAUACGGUCGAGUUCCAUUUCUACCCUGGUGACCACUCGGUGGUGCAGGCUACCUUCUCCAGCCCCUGCAAACCUCUAAACGAUUCAAGUAUAUACAGCGGUUUCUUGAUGGGAACUGCCGAUGGAAACCAAGACAUAUUUACCGUGACUAUCAAUGAUACCAACCCAGUCUGGUUCUACUGUGCUCAGAUCGGACACUGUCAGGCCGGCAUGGUUGGAGUCAUUAAUCCACCGUCCGGUGGUUCCGAUACGCUUGAUGCUUUCAAAUCAGCAGCAUCAACUGCCAGUGCUGCUCCAACGCCGUCUGCUGUUAACGGAGGUGUUUUUGGGAAGCCAAGCGAGACAACAUCGUCAGCUUCGAGUAGCAGCUCGACCAGUACUUCGGAGCCUACUUCGGAGCCCGCCCCAAUGAGCGAGGGUUCAUCUCUUCGCGUCUGGCGGGACUUGAGCGUAGUUCUUGGGCUGUCUGUUUUGGUUGGUAUAUGCAUGAUGUAG